UUUAAGUUAUAAUAUUUAAAAUUUAAAUUAAUAUUUAUAUAAUACUUAUACAUUAAUUAGUGCAAGAUUUUAAAUGUAUAUAUGUGCAUGUAUGUAUUUAUUUUAUCUUUGUCUAUGCUUCACCAUUGUUCUAAGAAUAAGGAUUUCCGAAAUCUUUGAGGUCCUUUGUCAAUUUGACAUUUGACAAUUGUCACUGGUAAAUAUUACAGUCAGUUUGUUUUAUUUAUCAACAGUAAUUUGAGUUGCCGAGUGAACCCUAUUUAAGUUUUAGAACAUAUUAAGACGUUUCUUUAUAAUUCUAUAAUAAUUAUGGAGGAUAUUUGCAGACUGUGUUUAAAUGUGCAGACUACACAAACAAUGAGCAAACUAAAUGUUGAACUGUUAGAAAAAAUAAACACAUGUAUUUCAGUUAAUAUUAUGGAUGAUGAGCAUUUACCAAAUCAUUUAUGUCCAGUAUGCAUGGAAAAAGUGGAAGAUAUAUAUACAUUCCAGAAGAUAAUAACAGAAAAUCAAAACACCCUGAUUAGUUACUUUAUAAAAGGACAGGAUGAUUUGAACAAUUUUUAUAUAAAGAUAAAAAAUAAAAUUAAAUUAAAAGGUGAAAUUUGUGACAUAGAUAAUAAAGAGAAUAAAUUAUUAAACAAUUCACAAAUCACCUCUAAUUGUAAAGAAAUUUAUAACACUGGCAUUAAAAUUGAAACCAUAGACAGUGAUGUUGAGAAUUCAAUAUAUUAUAGUUCUGAAGAUGAACUUACACUUUCGUCAAUAAAAAAGGCAAAGGAAGGCGAUUGUACUGUUAUAAUAGAAAAAGACAAAGGAGAUUUAAAUGAAAAUUUUAAAUGUCUCAUGUGCUUUGAAUUACUUGAGAGUAAAGUUGAUUUACUUAAACACUAUAAUGGUCAUACUAAUAAAGAAACUGGUAGAAAAUCUGAUAUAAGUUAUUCAAUUUUAUCUGCAAAUGGGAUAUCUAUUUAUAAAUGUAAUAAAUGUAGUAAAGAGUAUAGUCAUAAAAAAGGUAUCAAUAGACAUAUUGCUGGACAUACGGAGAUUAGACCUUUUAUUUGUAAAAUUUGUGGUAGAACAUACAAAACAGUGUCAGAGAUUGUCCGUCACGGCCGAGCCCAUAAUGGAUCCAAGCUGUACUGUUCCUAUCAAUGUGGCUACAGCACUGUUUACAUGGGAGCUCUAAAAGCUCACCACCGGAGACAUAAUAAAUCUGAAUAUAAGUAUAAAUGUGAUAAAUGCGGAAAAGGUUUUCAAGUGAAAACUUGGUAUGAACAGCAUCAAAACGUCCACAAUGGCCUGAAGCCGUUCGUAUGCGAUUUAUGUGGCGUUGCGUUUCAUAUGGACAGAUACCUGACAGCUCACCGUAGCGCCGUGCACCCACAGUCUUCAAGACUGAAGCGAUAUAUUUGUGUCCACUGCUCGUUACCGUGCGAUAGUAUGAAGUCACUCACAGAUCAUUUAAAGGAACACGGCAUCGUGACCAACUUUCUGUGCGACAUCUGCGGUAAAACGCUAGCCAACUCUGAACAAAUGAAGUUCCAUAAGAGAAAGCAUUUAGGAGAGAGACCCUUUACGUGCAGUACAUGCAACAAGUCAUUCCCAAAAAAGUUCAACUUGCAAGUGCACGAACGUACGCACACGGGCGAGCGGGCGCACCCGUGCGGCCGCUGCGGGAAACGGUUCACACAACGCAGCACUCUGCACAGGCACAUCGCCAGACAACACGCUGGCUCGGAUUUGUUAAAGUGCGGAAAAUGCCAGGAGGAGUUCGCGUCUCGCAGUCAACUCAAUUCUCAUCGGAAAUCUUGUGCGUGACUUGAGCAGUGCCGUCGACAUAUUGGGUAGUGCUAUAGUAAAUUAUAAUUUAAAAUUAUUCGAUUAUUAUAGACUGAUGUCUCAGAAUAUCAGAUGUCUAUAUUUAUUUAACUCCUUAUUGCAUCAGAAACAUAAUUUUUUUUUAUGGGUGAAAAUGGUAUGGUAAUUCCGCCUGCGCUAACGGGAUACGCUGGCGGAGCACCAGUGAAGGAUGAUCGAUGAGAAUGAAAACAGGCCAGUUAGCCCAUCAUGAUGAAUUUAUCAGGAAUUAACCAUGAUAGUUUCCAGGGAGAACCGCGAGGAGGUCGACCUGGUUGGUUAUAUUGCUAGCAAUAGGAUUCUCAGUCUCCAUUACUAACAAUCCCUUUCCCCCCCAUAAAAAUAUAUUAUGACAAUUGAAAAAUUCAACAAUAAUAAAGGUACAAAAGGCGGUCUUAUCGCUAAGGCAAUCUCUUACAGACAACGUUUGGUUAAAGGAGAAUAGAUAAAAGUGGGUAGGUGGCGCUAGUGUUAUUAAUAUUUUUUUUUGUACACAAAAAUCUAUAUUGCCUAAAAAUACCAAUAAAUAUAAUUUAUUAAACUACUUAUUAUAACAAUAAAUACCUACCCAAAGGUUGUCUGGAAGAGAUUGCUUAGCGAUAAGGCCGCUUUUUGUAUCAUUUCUCAAAUAUUCUAUAAAUGGUGCAGUAAAGUGUAUAUAAAUAAAUAAAUAUAUAAAUCAUAAACAUACACAUAGCACACAGAAGGAAAUAUGACAAAUCCAGUAAAAAAAAUUACAAAAAAUGGAAAAGUGUAACUACUAAACAUUGGAAAUGAUUUGACUUACAUAUACAUAUGUUUCAGGAAAUUUAUGAACUUAUUGUGUUUUUGGCGUUUCUGAAAUAAGCUAUACUGAUCGUUUACCAUCAGACCGGGCUGUUGCCACCUUUGUGGUAUAAAAAAAACCUGUUACAUAUGUAUAUAGACAUCGAAUAAAAAAUCAACGAAGAUUUAUCGAUUAUUUUUAUUAGAUUAUUCCAUCCCCCUUUCUUUCCCGUGGGUGUCUUAAGAGGCGACCGAGGGAAUUUAAUUGUAGAGGGACGGGCAGCAGCGUCCUUAUUAAAACAUCUCUAAAAGCCUAACUGCGGUUGCCAAACUGCCUACCAAGGGUGGUAACGACUGGCAAAACUCCACUUACGGGGAAGGCUUGUUUACCAGAGGAAGACUUUGUACAAAAGUCGAUUGCUUGGGUACCUCUGUCCUAUUCGUGUUUCAACCGUGAAGCAGUUGUGUUUGCAUGACUGUUUCAGUUUGAAGGGUGGGUUAUGGCGUGAAUUUACAGGGUACAGAGGAAUAACACCCGAGUCCUCAGGAAUGGCAACGCAUGGGGGUAUCAUGGGCGAAACAGUAUACUCUGUUAUGUCCAUGGUACUGCUCAUAUAUAUAGGCGACGGUUACCACUUUCCAUCAGGUGGGCCGUCAGCUUGUUUGCCAUUCUAAGUUGUAUAAAA